AGUGGCUCGGAGCGGUAUUUGGUCGCGCGACGCUGAGGCGUGCGCAUCGAACUGAUUCGUUUGCACGGUGAGAGUUCGUAUCGGUCAAAAAUCAAUCUUACAGCCGCCGCUACGUUCAAUUUUCCUGACAAUCGAAAGGAAAUUCGGAUAUCGGACAUGUUACGAAAAUUGCUGAGCAAAUCUGGUCGCAGACUCCUUAGGGCCAUCAAGAAAUUGUCAACGAGAAGCCGCAAGGUGAAAAAGUCACAAAACUCGACCUCUUGGCACUCGGCCAUGCCGGAGUUGGAGACAGAGUCUCUUUCGUGGUCUUUACCGUCUCUGGAUACGAAGAGCAUCGACACGUUCACGACGUACGUUGCCGACAAUUCCGAGGAUGGUGGCUCAAUGUGUUGCUUCUGUGACGAAUACGAGGAGAAUCAGCGAAACGAGAACAUAGAGAACGAAAUGAUGAUCUAACGUAUGCGACGUUACGGUUGCCACGAGUAUUUAAUCCAUACGGUUACUUCCAUCUUUCUCUUCGUUGGCCAGACGAAUCUAAAUCUCGUGGUCGCUGUCGUCGCCUCGAGCGUACUAACGUAGCCACGAUAUCGACGAACGGGAUGGAACAUGGAAGAGUCGAGAGGAUAAAAAAAAAAACACAAGUAUUGGCGGCCAUUUGGAUAUUCUUUGCGGUUCGCUUUAUAAGAUGGUCGUACGCUCGGUUAUCUUUCGAGUCGAAUUUUAACGAAAAUUGGACCACGCCGAAUCCUACGUUCUAUCAAAGAGGAUAUAUACGUUACCUACGUACAUACGUACUUUUUUUUUCACGAUGCAACGAACCGUCUAAAAAAAUAGCUAUAUAUACUUCUUAAGAGCGAAGGAUGUAACGUCGGGUGAAAUCGAGCCUAUUAGAUAUAUUUUUGUUUAUAACGUUUAUAACGUAUAAACAGAGAGAAAGAAAGAAUAGUCUAAUUACGUACUUACAUCGGUCUUCCGAAGAGCGACACGUUGGUAGAUACCACCACGUUGGUGGUUCGUCGAUUCGAUCGAGUCGGAUUUUUCUCACGAGCGCUUACUCGUUAUUUCGAUCUCGCGUCGACUCGAUUGGAUGCUGGCAUUUAAUCGUUGAUAGCGAACAGAGGGACAGUAGAGGAACUGAAGCGAGAAAAGAGGAAGGAGAAAAUUACGUUGUUUCUUAGACGUAAAAAGAUAUCGAUGCUUCGAUAUAUGCAAAUAAUCUACCUGAAAUGCACGAUGACGCGCGAUUUAAACAUUUUCGUUAUCGAAAGUAUUAUUUCUAGAGAUAAGAUAUUUUGCUCACACGAUAUGCUCACAGAGAUAUCAAAUUGUUUCAUGGUACAAAUUAGUCCUGAAAGUUGCACUCCUUACGCAAGUACGACAGAGUGCCGGCUACACACGUUCCGCUGGUCGUAAGCUUAGGUUCAAGCUCGCGGAAGAAGCGCGCGGGAGUAAAGGCCGCUCUCGUAUUUUACUCGCAGUAUUCUUUUCGAAUUACCACGUCGUACGAUUUAUGUUAAGAUAAUGUCGAACGUUGGUUCUCUCGUGCGACCAUAGUUUUAGGUAUAACGUUUGUACGCGUCGUGUACUCACUUGUAUCGUAUUUACAUGUAUAGGUAUAUGUACAGAUGUGUGAAACUACGUGAAUCUAUAUGUACAUAGUUAUAGGAUAUGCGCGAAUGUACAUAGAUACGACGAUGUACGAUAACGAACGAGUGGCGAUAUCUUAUUGUAAGUAUGUCCGACGAGGCUGUGACUUUUUAAUGCAUGCGAAUAUAUCGUAAAUAAAAUAGUUUUGUCGACGA